UCUAUUAGGGUAAGUAGCACCAUGUAACUAUAACAUUGGUUAUCGUUAUAGUUACAUUGUGCUACUCACCCUAAUAGAAAAUGUUAUGAAUAUGAUGCAUAUAAAAUAUAUUUUUAUAGCUAUAGCUAUGUAGGUAGUUCGGGGCCAAUUUAGAGAGAGAUGGCGCAUUGUCAAAUUGGUUUGCAAGAUUAUCACGUAAGAGGGCUCUCUUUUCCCUAUAUAUUACUUUACUCUUUGCUGUAAGCUAAGCAGAAGCUGUCACUUUGACAAAAGCUAUAAAUGGACAAAAGUCAAAAGUGAAUUUUAGGAUGACUGUACACUUUUUCCUGCACUUUCACAAGAAACUAUUAACACUACACGCUAAAGAAAUGGAAUAAAGUCAUGUAAUUUUUUUAUUUCCUCCUGUUUACAGUGUAUUGUUAUAUACAACUGAUAUAGUUUCGUAAAAUAAGGUUAACUUCAUUGUCAUCUAGAAUAGUGUAUAGUCUUCUUUAUUAUAAGACAUAUGAUAAUUAAAAAUAAGUUUAGGUUACCUAAUUAAAAAUUAGUUUAAGUUUCACUCUGAUUGUGUUUCAAUAGUCUAAUUAGAUUAGAGGAAUUAACACUAAACAGUAAAAAUGGAAACAAAAGACUUCGUUGGAAGCAGUUGAAAGCUCAGGUCAAAAUACUUUUCCGUGCUUGAAAGUUACAUUUUUGACCGACAACUUUCAACUUUACGUUGGCGCGUAAACUCAAACAACGUUCCAUUUUAUAGCAGUGUUGUUUUCUACAACAGUGAUUGUAAUAUCUUAAAGCUGAUUAUAUCUUUGUUAUCAUGUUCUCUACAUUUACUUGAUUGGUAUUUAGAACAUAUCUUGUGGAUAAGAUGAAUGCGGAUCUGUUAUGAUGUAUUUAUUUCGGGUUUUUACAGCCAUUCUCAUAGAUAAUGUAGCUCAUACAGUGCAGAACAGAACGUAAUUCGUUCAAACAAGUCGUAACAAGUUGCCGGAAAUUUUAAAUUUCAAAACCGAUUUAUUUAUUGCAUUGCAUUGCUAUGGUGCUUCUUCAAGUAACGAUAUUUCAUUUUGUAUUAAUUGAAUUAAGAAUACUAUGGAUAAACCUGUCUGUAUAUCGCAAUACUUUACGAAUAAACAAAAUGUGAGAUCAUUUGGUAAUAUUAUAAAAUUGAACAUCUUGAAUAACGAACACGAAGAAAGUUUUAAUAAAUUCCUCCUUCAAGAUGAGAACUUGGUGAGUGAUAUGACUCCUGAUUUGUUAAAUAUGUUAUCAAGUCUCAGAAUAAACCUGAAGAAUAAAUCUAAACUAGAUUUUAAGAACUAUUUCCCUUUAGAUGAGGUUCCAGACCUGCAUCCAAUAAACAAGGAAUGUAUUUUAAGUUAUUGUUGGAAGGCAUUGUGUGAAAUAGUUCCAAAACAAGUUUUUGGAAAUAAUCAAAAUAAUAAAAUAUUUAAAAAUUUAGUCCGGACCGCUAUCUACAGUAUGAAACGCCAACAUUUUGUCCUUGGAAAAUUAAUAGCAAGUUGGAACAUGGAGAUAUCUCCCUGGAAAGGCCUUGAGACUACUAAUGCUCAGAGAAUAUUGUUUACUAUUAUUUUAUGGAUACUGAAAUAUGUCCUAUCAUCAAUGAUUUGUUUAAAUUUUUAUGUUACCACUUGCAAAUUGGACGUAAAUGAAAACAAACUUUAUUAUUUUUGGAAGUACCAAUGGCAGAGCUUUUAUGACAAGCAAGUUUCUAAAAUGGUUUUCACUAGAGUCAUACAGAAAUGUGAACCCUAUUCACUUGGCAAAAGGUCAAAGAAAAAUCACAGCCUGGCUGACAGGAGAAAAUUGAAAUUGUUAAGAAAAGAUAUUCCAAAGUUAUAUCUUAAUUUAAAAACAAAUAAUGAUUGCAGACCUAUUGUUUGUUACAAGAACGAUUCGCUGAGUCUUUCAGAAAAAUAUAAAAUAAGAGACAGAUUGAAAUUCUUGAGAUUAUUGACUGGAAAACCAACAAUAAAACUUGAAAACCAGUACAAAACACUACAUGCCAAUUGGCUAGCAGCUAACAAGCCAAGACUUUAUUUCAUUAAAACCGAUCUAAGCAAUGCUUUUGGCUGCAUAAACAGAGAAAAGCUAUUAAAAAUAUUACCAGAGAAGCACAUGAGUUUGCAAAAGAAUGAAAAGUGUUUAUCAAUGAAGAAAAAAUUUGCUCAGCAGUACAGAGAUAUAAUAACAGAGUUGCGUAAACCGAUCUUAAUCCGGGUAGGAUCUACAGUUUAUGAAUGGAAAGAAGGCUUGGUGCAAGGGUAUAAAUAUUCACCUGCCCUUUCAGAACUGUAUUAUACAUAUUUGGAUGAAUUAUACUUUGCUGAGCACCUGAAAAAUUCUGAAAAUCAAGUAAAACUAUUUAUUAGAGUUGUUGAUGAUUAUUUGUACAUAACAGAUUCUUUAGAAGAUGCAACAUCUUUUUUAGAUGCAUUAUCAAAUUACAGAAAUGUAAACUUUGAUAAAACUGAGGUGAAUUUUCAACAUGAAAGUAUCAAGUAUAGUGAAAAUAUAUUCUUCCUUGGAUAUUGUUAUAACACUUCUACGAUGCAAGUCAGCAGAGCCAGCAAUAUUUAUGCUGGACAAAUGUGCUAUAAAAUUGCAUUUACAAGUGGAUUUUCUGACUUGCCCAAGUUUAUUGAAAGCAGAAUAGGCCAAUCAGGCAUUCCAAUCAACAGCCAUAUAUUUAACUUGAACUAUAACAACGAAGAACUAAUAUGGAGGCAUAUAUUUACCACUUUCUGUCUGUCUUCAAACAAAUUCUGCACUAUCAUGGCUGUUCUUUGCAACGAGUUGGAAAUGAAGAACUACCUGCCACUUUACAAAAAGAGGGUAACAGUGAAAUUGAGUAACUCAAUAAUCGAAAUGUUGAUGAAGAAUAAGCCUAAGGAUUUUAUAUUUGUGUAUUGUAUUAAUCAUUUUAGAUAUUUAGCAUGGAAGGCUUUGUACUUGUGUGCUAAGCUUACGCCAAAAUGUUCUGGGCUGGUCCCACACAUUAAUAAUGAAUUGGCAAAAUGCAAUUGUAUAUUUGGCAAAUGGCGGGAACACGCGAGAAGAAUCGAUACAAAUGGCGAAUGUGAGCGAAAAGCGAUCAAAGAAGUUUGUAGAAGAACAGACUUGAGGUUGAUUUUUAAAGAUUUCGAUGUUUUACCUGAUGGAUUUCAAUGUUAUCAUCAUAAACGCUUAUUGUAAGAAUAAAUAAAAAUAUAUUUUUGUAUAAUGUAAAAAUAUUUUUAUUAUAAAAUAAAGAUUCACUUGGACGGUAAAUAAUUACAGUAAAGGCACAUACAUAUUUGGACGGAUGUAAGUUUCAUUAAAAGCUGCAAUAUAAUUAAAACACGUAUAAAUCUUACACACUAAGUUAUUCUAAUUUGUCAGAUAAAAUAAUAUCAUAGCUCAGAUCUUAAAAAAAGUCACACAGAAAUUCAUUUAGCUACAAAA